UCAGUCGGUGCUGGGGGCUGUAGCGGGAGCAGAGUGCUAGGACUAUUUCCAUGCAAUGUCGUUGUAGUUACAUGUCUAUUACUAUGUGGAUUGACUGAUUUAUCAUCAAAACUAGCUUAAAAGGCAACGACUUACUGAAAAAGACUGUUACAUUUUUGCAGGCAUAAUUUCAAAGAAAUGGAUCCCAUAAGGAAGUGGACCCCUAAACAAGUUGUCGAUUGGAUGAGAGGCCUGGACGACAGCCUACAGCAGUAUGUCCCGUACUUUGAGCGGGAGAAGAUUGACGGGGAGCAGCUGUUGAAGAUCUCCCACCAGGACCUCCUAGAGCUGGGGAUGACCAGGAUCGGACACCAGGAACUGGUGCUGGAGGCUGUCGACCUGCUCUGUGCUCUGAACUACGGGGUGGAGACAGACGACCUGAAGACUCUGGUGUGUCGUAUGAGAGCGGCGUCCAACAACCUCCAGAACUCAGCGUCUGAGCGCAGGAAGAACCCGUCGUACGAGAGGCAAAACUCCCACAAACCCCCCAACGACUUCCUCUCUGCCGUGGUGGAGCUAAUCGGAGCCGCCAAGAGUCUGCUGGCCUGGCUGGACAGGACUCCUUUGACAGGGAUCAGUGACUUCACCUCCACUAAGAACCGGAUCAUUCAGCUGUGUCUGGAGCUCACCUCCACUGUUCAGAAGGACUGCACAGUUUAUGAGAUGGAGGAGAAGAUACUACAAGUAUCUGUGGCUCUGAACGUAAUCUGUGAGCAGACAAUGAGGAUGACCUCCGACCCUCAGAAGAGUCAGUCGGCCUGUCUGGAGGAGGUCCACAUCACCAACGUCAGACCUGGAGAAGGACUGGGGAUGUAUAUCAAAUCCACCUACGACGGGCUUCACGUCAUCACUGGAACCACAGAACAUUCUCCGGCAGACAGAACACACAGGAUCCAUGCUGGAGACGAGGUCAUCCAGGUCAACAAGCAGACAGUGGUGGGCUGGCAGCUGAAGAACCUGGUGGGUAAGCUGAAGGCGGACACCGCCGGCGUUAGUCUGGUGGUGAAGAAGAGGCCCUCGGGUACCUGUAGCUUCACCCCGGCCCCCCUAAAGAACAUGCGCUGGAGGCCCCCCCUGGUGCAGAGUGCCCCCAGUAUGCCCAAGAUCCAGUCUCCAAAACAUGCCCCCUCUGAAGCCCCCAUGAAGAAAGAGAAGCAGACCAAUCUGGACCUGUUUAUCCCUCCUCCCCCCACUGUCCCAUACACCCCACGGGAUGGGAAGUCUAAAGUGAGUGUGAAGGUCCAACUGAGACCAAAGGGUUCUCAGUCUCCUAACUCCUUCCUGGAUGAGGGUAGACGACGCUUCACCAUCGCAGACUAUGACAACAAGAUCAAAGUCUGUCCUCCCCCUGAGCCCAACAUCCAACCAGCCCCAGUAGCCCGCCUGAGACAACGGACCUCCACAAGGGGUAAACAGCGGCCCCUGUCCAUGCCUGUCGACUCGUGUUUGGGCAUGUCGGAUUCGUCCUCCAGACCCUGGCCUCAAGGGAGGAAAGGAGAGGACAUCCUCCACAGAUACCUGAGUAACGAGCGGAUCGCCACCAUCUCUGAGGAGGCCCCGUACUUUCCCCUACCCUACAGACCCCUGGAGGGGCGGUCUGGCCAGCUGAUCCAUGGCGUCGACCACAUUAGGGGCUCCCAGUGCUUCAUCAAUGCUGACCUGCACAACAGCACCACCAUCCCAUACCGGGAGGCAUCAUCCAAAAAUUCAUCAGCUACGACUGUGAUCCCUGCUGCUGCUACUCCCAAACAUCCUCCUUCGGAACCCACUUCGAUCCUGGGGGGCUGGCUAGCCCGCCUCAGACUGCUGAGUCAUUGACGAGUGCCUCGACCCAGUGGAACAUGUCGUCGUCCCCCCCACCGUGCCUUUACCUUGCUAUCAUCGAAUAAUGGUCUGGCUACUCUACUCAGUAUUCCGACUUACAGGUACCAAACCUGGAACAUUCUGUUGGAACUUGGAGCGCUAAGCAGCCUUUGGAAGCUCUGACGGAAGGUCUUGCUUAAUUUCAACACCACAUAAUGUAGUGGUAGACCAUUUUGUUGGAUCUCUUGCUACAUUUGAACUCCUCGGGGUGACACAUUUUUCGUUUAGAUUCAAAAUGCUGACAGAUUCUGACAGUGUUCCAUCUUUUGUGGAGGGAUUAAAGAAAAUGCCAAGUAUAAAGAAGUAUUAUAGAAAACAGUGGAGCUUCUGUUUCUGCUCAUUCUCCUUAUCAUGAGAAGGAUUAUAAUUCAGGUUUAGGAAACGUUUGCCUUGCUUCUGUAGGUGAACUCUCCUAUGUGUAAACUGUUAAGUUAUUUAUUUUGUGUCUGUCUAGAGACUUCUUGUAAAUAUGUUUAGAUCUUUUUCAGAAGUUGAUUUGAUUUCAGUUGGAAGUUGAUAUAGAUACAAUUCCUAUCAUUUUUAUUGGAGCUAGUGUGCUUCUCUCUUCAUAGUGUUCCAUGUUAUUAUGCGCUGGAAAUGACUGCCAGAGUUGGCCUUUUUUUUAAGCUACCGUGUGUCCAGUGCUGUAACAAACCGUGUCAGUGUGUGUGUGUGUGUGUGUGUGUGUGUGUGUGUGUGAGUGUGUGUGAGUGAGUGAGUGAGCGUCAGUGCGUGCAUAUUUUUGUGAAGUUCAGGUAACAUUUUUAAAAAACGUGUAACUACUUUAUCUCACUAACUGGUCCUCAAUAAAGCUGGUGUGAACAUUGAUGUGUUUCAACACUUACAGGGGGCACUGUUUUGAAGCCACCGCACCUCCAUCUUGGCAUUCCAACUCCUUUGUAAAAAAAUAUUUAGGAAGAUAUGGAAAUGCAUUUAUUAAUGUCUACAUUUGGUUUUUACCACAUUUAUUAUAUUACUGACACCUUAAUGCAGAUGCCUAAAUUAUAUUAUAGGAGCUAAACAUAGAAAUAAAACAUUGAAACAUUGUAUUUUUUAUACUUAAUUAAAUACAGUGCCUUGGUCCUUGAAACCUUUAAUUGCAAUACUGUAGAAUUCCGCCAAUUCCUAUGGAGGACUGAGCCUACUGGGGAGUACCAAUAUGGCUGCAUGGUGGCUUCAAAGACUCUCAAUAGCCAAUACAUAGAAAACUCAAUCCAGGGUUUGUAUACAUCAUUGGGUGUGACUCACUGUGAAACCAUAACAUGAUGUCAUGACCAGGAAGACAGUGCCUUAGCAAGAGUAACCAUACAUACUAAACAUAUGGAGCUGUGAAGCUUGUCUUAAAGGAGGAAAUCAGUGUGGUAAUUCCAAUAAAUGGGUCUCUUUAAUAUAUUUCUGCACCAUAGGAACAAGUUUUACGCAUAAAUGUCUAGCAACUCACAAGACUUUGCAAGUGCUUUGCAAUAUGAAUACCUCUGUAAUAGUUUCAAAACUAUAAUAAAAACGUGCAAUUCA